ACCACCCUCCCCUCUUCCAUUCGGUGCGUCUCGGUCCGCCCGCAGCAGUCUCCUUUCCCGGCGAGGUUUCACUACAGAGAUGGCUGCGAAAGUGUGCAGAUCAGUACUCCUGUUGUCCCGGAGCAGCGGAGCGGCGGCCGGUAGCCUCCCCUCACUUGUUGUCUCUUCACAGCGGCAUCAUCAGCACAUAAGACCGCAGGAGGUACUGUGUGCUCCUUUCACCCGUCAGACUGUCAGGAGAGCACAUGGCCUAUGUUCUGCAGCCCACUCCACACUCUUCACCCAGCCUCCCACUGCCCUGUCUCCACAGGUUUGGAGGGGCGCCCCCUCAUGGCAUGGACAGAGACUCUUGUGUUCCUCCGCUGCUCCAGAAGAGGUGACAGUGGUGUAUCAGAACGGGCUGCCGGUGAUCUCAGUCAGUUUGCCGUCCAGGCGGGAGCGCUGUCAGUUCACCCUCAAGCCUCUCGGUGACUGUGUGGGAGUUUUCCUGCAACAGCUCCAAGCAGAGGACAGAGGCAUCGACCGGGUAGCAAUCUACUCCACGGAUGGAGCGAGGGUCGCCUCCUCCACAGGCAUAGACAUCCUGCUGUUGGAUGAUUUUAAGCUCGUCAUUAAUGACACCACACACCUCGUGCGGCCACCAAGGAAAGAGCUGCUGCCCCAUGAGGAGGCGGAAAGGCUGAAUGACGUCAAGUUUCUGGUGCAGCAGCUCUACACCACCCUGCGCAUUGAGGAGCACCAACUCGGCAAGGAACGGGAGCUGAUUGGACGACUGGAGGACCUCAACUCUCAACUCCGCCCCUUAGAGAAGGUGAAGGAGGAGUUGAAUAGGAAGGCAGAGCGGCGUACCACCUGGGUGCUGUGGGGCGGCAUGGCGUACAUGGCUACCCAGUUUGGCAUCCUGGCCAGGCUCACCUGGUGGGAGUACUCCUGGGAUAUCAUGGAGCCCGUCACCUACUUUAUCACUUAUGGCACGGCCAUGGCCAUGUACGCCUACUUCGUGCUUACACGCCAGGAGUAUGUUUACCCCGACGCUAGAGACAGACAGUAUCUGCUGUUCUUCCACAAGGGGGUGAAAAGGACACGCUUCGACAUUGAGAAGUACAACAAGCUGAAGGAUGAUAUCGCUGAGGUGGAGUUGGAUCUGAAGCGUCUUCGGGACCCGCUCCAGCUCCAGCUCCCAGUUCAGCAGCUCACCGCCAGUAAAAAUUGAUAGGAAUUGAUAGGGACUUCCUCCUCUCUCAGCUCCUGCAAACCCCCUUUCCCUCUUCCCUCUUCCGUCCAACACCCUUCUCCCUCCCCUUUUACCCCCAACUCUUUCCUCAGACUCCUCCCUCCCACACCCAAAAAUCCCAUCCCUGUCUUGACUGUGGGAGUUAGUUUUUUCUCCUUUUUUUCUUUUUUCUUUUUUCUUUUUUUCUUUUAACUUUCCUGACUGAAAACUUCAGUUGGAAUUGCAAGUGAAAACAGCUAAAAGACGAAGACGGAUGGCGAGAGUACGGGGAACUGAAAAACUCUCACCGCUGAAGGAUGGCGAGGAUGAUGAAAAGGACAAAGAUGAUGAAGGAAUAACACUGGGCACUAUGGAUAUGCCUAAAGUCUCUGGAGGGACAGCCUGCAGGGAACUCCAGGGGGCAAACAGGAAUUAUUACACCUCUAGACAAUCCAGAACAGAGGACAUGCAGAGGGGCAGUUGUUAAGUGAUGGUGUGUGUGUGUGUGUGUGCAUGUGCGUGUGCAUUUGGUGCACGUGCGUGUGCAUGUGUGUGUGUGUGGGACUUUUGGGGUACACUGGGACAUCGACCCUGGCCACUCAGCCCUGGUCAACACAGCAGUGUAGUCCUGCUUCCUCUAGCAGUCAAACUGUCAACACACGCACACCUACUCUUGGUAGGCUCCAGCGAGAGUUCCCACCCCACACGUUAAAGUUUACAAGGAAGUCCUGACUGCAGUCACAACCAUCAGGGGGGGCCUUCGUCUUCCUGUGGCUGAACUCUGCUGCCUCCCCCUACCUGGGCCACGCCUUCUCCAGGUGACGGACAGCUGUCCCUCCCAGUGUGACCUUUGUCGCAGGAUAUAGGCAUGACGACGCCUGGUUUCCUCUUCCUGUUGACGUCCUGUAGCGGCCCGGUCUGAGUAUUGAGUAUGAGAGUACUACCGACAACAACAUCACUGUGUGUUCUUUUAUUCCAAAAAAAAUAUUUUGGCACUUUUUAUUUUGAAAGCCAUAGUAUAUUUGUUAUGAAAAGAAUAUAAAUAUAUAUAUAUAUAUAUGUAUACAAUCAAAUAAACAGAUGACCAGAGGCUAGUUUUUUUCCAGUGGGGGGAGGAGCUCUCUGACAAACAUCAGAAACUCAUUUACAUCCUCUGAAGAUCUCCUGCCAUGAAGGACACCCGUUAACAGUCCAACACACACACACACACACACACACACACACACACACACACACACACACACACACACACACACACACACAAAGCAUAAUAAUGUAUGCAUUUACUAACUUGAACUAACUAUUUUAUAUUUUGUCAUGACAAAUGCACACAAUGUAAUUCACAGUAACAACGUCCUAGGUUGGAUGGGAAGGCUCCUGUGCAUGGCCACCAAAGAGGGGGAAACCGUGUUGAAGCCAAAUCAGGGUGAAAAUGGCUUUGAUUGGAAUUGAUUUUGAGCAACGCAGAUGGGAUGUGGAUAAAGCCAUGCUUGACCUGUAUAAUCAUCUCAUGAAUACAAAGAUUGCUGCGGAAAUGCUUAACAUAAUGGAGGCAUUAAACUGUGUAGUGACCAUUGUCUCAGACGAACCCACAGGCAAGGUAUACAGUAGUUUAAUAUAUCUGAUGAACUGAGAGGCUUUUAAAAAGAGUAAAGCCGCAUUAUACAGCAGGAUUUGAGUAAAUUGCCUGCAGUUCAAUAUUUUCUCCUUUUCCAAUCGAAAGUAUUGUUCUUAGAGGUGUGUGUUAUCAGAUUUUCAGUGACCUGGCCUUUAGUUUAGCAGCAUGUGAUGUGCAUUUCAACAAUGUUUUCAUGAUUCUCCCUUUACAACGCUUAUUGACAAAAUAAAAGAAGGCUACAUCUAAAAAAAAAAAAAA